AUGCCGCAUACGAUGUUGACGAAGACAAGUACAUACCCAUACAUCCUCACCACAGUCGCUACGAGAAAGGAAGGCGUCUCACGCGAGGAAUUUCACCGCCAUAACGAAGAAAUUUAUGCGCCACUGCUCAAGAAGGUUGCUGGGAAGGUGCAUCCGCUAUCCUGGACAAGGCACUACCAUGUCGACGAAUCGGAAUGUCCUGUUGGAGUUCCUCGUGUAUUGAUUGGCGACGAUGACGGUAUGGACUGGGAUUGUAUGGGUGUGAUGGCUUUUGAAGAUGAGUUGCACUUGCAGCAAUUCAUUGCGUUUAUGCAUUCGGAUGAUGCAUUGCCGGUGCUGGAAGAAGAGGGGAAAUUCGCCGAGACGACAAAGACCAAGCUGCUGUUCAUGAAGAAGGGCGUUAGUGUACGGGAGAGUUAG